ACCAAUUUUACGAAGAAAGCCUGGUCGACAGUGCGGAUUCAAGAAACUUAUAUAUCUGCAUCAGGUUCCCAGAAACUAUGAGGAACGAAGAUGCCCAGUAUCCGAAUUUCACAAAGCGGUGGCGAAGAUUUCGCAGAUGUGACUAUUCCUUCAUAGAUAGAUCAAGUUCUGGGCGUCCAGUAGAAUCAGAUACAAAUGAUCUUAAGACAUUAAUUGAAGAAGAUUCUCGAAGCAGUACACGUGUUUUCGUUGCAGCGCGAGGGUGCUCAAACCUACAAGUUUGACGUUUCAGUACUGUACUAGUUGAGGAACGAUCAACUUACUUAUCGAGCAGAGGUCUGUGUACAUCUUUCACUAAAAGUGAGCUACCUAUAAUAGUAGCAGAUGCAAGUAGACGAGUUUACACCGCAAGUUGUCAGCACUUAUAUAACAUAUUCUUUUCGCAAAUUGUUGUGGAAGAAUGGAAAGAAAGAGACUAUUUAAUUCAA